AUGCCAGGACCAGCAUUCGGAGCUCUCGGUGCGACUUUCACUGUCGUUCGCGGCAUGGAAGCCGUCUCCCUCGUUGCCAUUAUUGGCAUGACUGCAAACUUCAUCGCCGAAAUGGUCUCAGUAAACCAAUCCCCACCACACGUCCUAAUUGGUACUCUCAGCGUCACAUGCAUAGCAGUUCUUUACGUUGCAAUUUCCUACAUUCUAUACUUCGACUCCAUGCUCCCCUUCCUCGUCUCUACCGGCCUCGACUCUUUACUCCUCAUCGCAGUCAUCGUCGUAGCCGUCACAGUCGGAAAACCGCUCUCUUACCUUGACUGCGCCGCUCUUCCUUCUGUCGGCACCACGUCUUCGUUCUUAGACAGUGUUGGACAGAAUAUCAGCAAGGUGAACUAUUGGGUCUGGGCUGGUGCCAGCAAGACAACCUGCUACGAGAUGAAGAGUAUCUGGGGGUUGAGCAUUGCACUUUGUGUGCUUUUCGCUGUUAGCAGUGUGGUUAGUGCUUGUCUCUGGAAGAGACAGAGGGUCUUUGCUCCUGAGGCGAAGGAUAUUGAGAACUAA